AGCCAUCAAUUCUGUUUUCCAUUCCGCAUUUUCCAACUCAGCAUACUGAGUUAGAUCCAGCUAGCGUUAACCGUCAGCUCCGGGAUUUGCAGGCGUCCCACAGCUGCUUAGCGCAUCUGGUCCGCCGAGCCUUCUAUUUCUCCUCCUCUUCCUCGUUUAGACACACCACUAGCUGCUAGUACCCAAGAAGCUGCCAUGUCUGGAGAAGAAACUGUCGGGGAAGAUGCGGGAGCCACUCAAACCAGCAAUGUUGCUCCUCCCGCAGAGCAGCAGCAGAACGAAGAAGCAGUGGCGGAGGCAACAGUGACUGGCGGGGAGGGAAAGGCUGCUGAAGGGACGUCGGAGGAGGCCUCCGCCGUUUCUACCAGUACCGCUGCUGCUGGUCGCCAGUAUAGAGCACUGGUGCUCACCGGUUUUGGUGGUUACGAGAAGGUGAAAGUGCAGAUUCGGCAGCUGCCUCAAGCGGAACCCAGUCCGGGCGCUGGCCAUGUUUGCGUGCAGGUCCGGGCCUGCGGGCUCAACUUUGCCGACCUGCUGGCUCGCCAAGGGCUCUACGAGAGGCUUCCCUCGCCGCCCGUUAGCCCUGGCAUGGAGGCGGCGGGAAUCGUCCUGGCCGUGGGCGAGGGCGUCUCCAGCCCAAAGGUUGGUGAUAAGGUGAUGAUUAUGGCUCGGUCAGGUCUCUGGCAAGAAAUUGUGACAGUCCAAGCCAAUCAGACUUUUCUCAUGCCGGAAGGUAUGAGCUUUGAGGAAGCAGCUGCCUUUCUGGUCAAUUACAUCACUGCCUACAUGGUUCUCUUUGAUUUUGGCAAUCUGCGCCCUGACCAGAGUGUCCUCGUCCACAUGGCAGCAGGUGGUGUGGGAACUGCAGCCGUCCAACUCUGCAAAACAGUGGAAAACGUCACCAUUUUUGGCACAGCAUCUGCUGCCAAGCAUGAGGCCCUCAAAGAGAAUGGAGUGACUCACCCUAUUGAUUACCGGGCAGCAGAUUAUGUGGCUGAAAUCCGAAAAAUUUCUCCCAAAGGUGUAGAUGUUGUUUUGGACCCCUUAGGAGGUUCAGAUACCACAAAAGGCUUUCAUCUCCUGAAACCAAUGGGCAAACUGGUCAGUUAUGGUGUAGCCAACUUGCUAACAGGGCAGAGGAAGAACCUAAUGGCUAUGGCAAAGACCUGGUGGAAUCAGUUUAGCAUCAAUGCCUUGCAGCUGCUUCAUCUCAACAAAGCAGUUUGUGGCUACCACCUGGGCUACCUUGAGGAGGAAGUGGAGCUUUUAACUGCUGUGGUGACCAAGCUAAUUGCUCUCUACAAUCAGGGCAAAAUCAAACCAAAGGUGGAUUCUGUUUGGCCCUUUGAACAGGUGGUUGAUGCCAUGAAGCAGAUGCAAGAGAAGAAGAAUGUUGGGAAAGUUGUCUUGGUUCCUGAAGCUCCACCGAAGGAUGAAAACAAGAAAACAGAGAAUUAAAGCAAGGGGCAUAGGUGAACUGUUUGACCUCAGGUUGAUUUUGGGGGACCUUUUUUUUAACUGCCUCCCCUCCCCCCCACAUCUGACCCUUGAGGGAAGUAGGAAUGGACAGGUCUCUCACUGCUGUUAAUGGAAUAAGUGACUGAAGAAAAAAAUGUCUUUUCUUGUGGUUAGUUGACGGUUUAAAGCUGAGGCAAGCUUCUGAGUUUCAUAAAAUUUUUACAGAGUGGAACUUAAAAGAUUGCCACAUCCCUAUGAAAUUAUUGGUUGGUCUAGUUUAAAAAAGAAAUUCAGCACUUCUUUUGCAAUCUUGAUAUUUUGCUCUUAAAGGAACCAUAUAGAGAAUUAUCUGAAGUGAAAAGCAUACAAGGCCAAACCUAUCAAUUGGCAAUGUCUUUGAUUUCUUGAUCUUAAAUUUUUGAACACACUGUUCAAAAAUUCCUAGCUAUGUUCUUUGUCUCUAUGACAUCUUCUGUCCUUAGCCAUCCUUAGCUCACCUCUGAAUACUUAAUGAUUAGUAAGUUUAGAGAGCGUAAAACACCCAUUGUUUUAUCAGCUAUUGGCAGUUGACAGUUUCCAUAGAAACAAAUCUUUGAAUCUGCUACUUUGGAAGGGCACAUUUAACAAACAGAACACACUAGAUAUCUCUGCAGCUGGGGGGAGAUGUGAGGAAGGGAAUUUUGUCUCUGAGGUAUUCAUUUACCUUGGUGCAACAAAGCUACCACUGCUAUAUGAAAGUCCUCUGUGCUAUCUAGGCAAAGCUCAUAUAUCAUAUUUUUUGUCAAAAUCUACUACAGAGAAUGCAAGUAUGGAAAAUCAAGAAAUUACCAGUGAAAGAAGCUGCAAGACUCCAAGUAUGGCUUCUUUUGGAGAGAAACACUGACUGUUUCCAUUUAAUGGGUUAAAUAUAUAUUUAACAGUACUAAACAGCUGACUAGCCUGUAAUAUCAAAAAAGUGAUAUCAUGGUUGCCAUCUCUGGCUUGUGGCUUGAUAUGAGGCUGCUCUAAGGAUUAACUAUAAAAACAACAGAGAUGUCCUCAGUCAAAGAUUGGAGAAAUACUUUAAUAACCUUAUUUUCUCUUACAAUUGCUGUUUAACUUAGAGACCCAAAAUAUCUAGAUGGGCAUCUGUGCCUGUGAUUUGCAAGUUACAUCAAGGAUGAAUAUAGUUUAUGCUUAAGAUUCACUGCAGAUUAAAUAUUCUCUUAAUAUUUUUAUGCUGUAGAGAAAGGGCAACAGGACCAAUUCUGUACAAGAAACAGAUUGGGCAGGAAAUAGUAACAGAUUUUUAGAUUUGUAAGAUUCUGCCUUGAAAAAAAAUCGGUCUUUGAGAAUGUUUCUGGAACUAUUUCUGCUGAAGACCUUUUUUGCUGAAUAGAUUAAGUCUGAUCCUAUUUCAUUCACCACCAUUUUCGAAAGCUCUUCCUUGAAAAUCUUCAGAGGGUUUUGGUGUAUGUAUGUCAGUAAAUAUUUUUGCUAUUUUAGGAAUUUGAUCCUCAGAGUAUUUCUCAGCACUUUGAAUUAUCCAUUUCUAAAGUUCCUUCUCUUUCCAGGAGUGUUGCCAAUCUACGUUGGGUGAGGCUGUUAUCCCUCUUCAUAUUCCAGUAAACAAAAUAUCCAAGAAAAGACUAGGGUCCCAAGUUGCUUCCUUGGACUUUUCUUUUGAUUCUCACAGUUAUGGCAGAAAAAUCCUAAAUCUAAUAUUCUGUCUUUUAUUGUCCUAGGAAAAAAUACUUUCAGUAGAUUGUAUCAACUAAGCAUUUUUCUUUCUGGCAGUUCUUUUUCUUUCACCCAUCCGAAAGCCAGACAUUUCAUUACCUUAACUAGGUAAGUUAGCACUAAUGAUGUUACCUAGUUAGGGUAAUGACACAUCUGCAAGAAAACAAGCAAGUUCAUAGAGCACCAAGAAACUCUCAUUUCAACCCUGAACUACAAAUAUUUUCCUUUAUUGAUAUAUUUGUGACAAUUGAAACCAUUUUUGACAUCCUUUUGGCCCAUCAGCCCUUGAUUGUUUAUGUUAUUUAGGGACAUCUUCAGCUUACAAUCUUUUGCAGAACUAUGUUUAUUUAGCAUGUCUGUUUUGUGAAUAGAACAUUUUCACAAUUCUUGCACAAUGCUACAGCUUUUCAAUCUUUAGUACUGCAUCUCAUUCCUGAUACUUAAUUGGGGGUAGUGGGAGAGAGAUUCAUUUUCUUAAAAAAAAAACCUGAAAUGGAACCUCAUACCUUCAGUGUAAUAUAAAUAUUUUCCUUCUCAAACAUCCAAUUGCUGAAAUAGUUGCCAUCUUGUGAUUAUGGAAACUAUAAGACAAUAUAUUUGCAAAAUUCCAACUUGAGAAGGCUAUUUUAAGACAGCUGUCUUCCUUAUACAACUCUGUUCACCAUUAUGGUGAGUAACAUAACAAAGGAGGCAUCUAGUGCAAUCACUGUGGAGAAAAUUUGGCUUGGAAUGCCAAACAUUUCUUGGAUAGUUCUAAGCAAAAGAUGGAAGUUCUGGAAGUGAUUAUUCUUGCUUUGAAUCAUUCCUUUCAUUAUUUUGUAUAUAUUAAUGUUUUAAGAUUGGUGAGUACAUCAUUUCUAGAGGCUCAAACAAAGGCUACCAAGCAUUUAUUUAAUCUGCCAUGUUCUUACUGAAAGAUAAUAACAGUACAGAAUACCAAUUAACUCAUGGUAUCCUGGAACUGGGAGGAACCAAAAGUUGUUGCUUGAAGGAGCCAAUGCUCAAUGCUAGAGCAUGUGAUUUUUGUGCAGGUAAUUCCAAAUCCAAGCCACGGUAGAUAAAGUUAGGACAGUUGGAGGAAAUGUUGGCCCAAGAACUUCCAAUGGUAUAAUGUAGUAUAAGACAGAUUCCUAGAAUUUCAUACCUUAUGGAAGGACAGCUGGCUAGUCAUUUGACUCAUUUAAGUCAAAUGCAACUUUUCCAGUUUGAAGGCCUUCAGAGAUAUUGAACUUCAACUUUCAGCAUUUCCAGCCAAGGGAAUUUCCAGGUUCCGUAUCUAAAGGGCAUCGGGAGGAGGUCUGAUAUGCAGGAGAUUCAAUAGAUAUUGGAGACUAACCUAGAGCUCUGAUUAUCUGAUGUGACCUUUCUUCUGCCACCUAUUUUAUACAUAUGUCCUCAUACCUCUUGAUAUUUUUACCAUUUCCCAGGACCUACCAAGGUACAAUUGUUUAUCUUCUAGUCUUAAGAUUAUAGGCCAACAGGAGCUUACAGAUAUCAGCUGUAUGAUCAAUAGAGAAAAUGAGUUCCCAAUUUUCUGUUAUUUUAAGCACAACAUGGGGAAAAAAGUCUUGCACGAUCAGCUGUGGUCUCCCAAGCUUUUACGAAAUAAGGGGGGGAAAGGUGGGAUGGGGAGAGAAUCUACUGUAAAACUUCAUGGGUUUAAUUAUUGGGUUUUUUCCCUCAUGCCUGUCUUCUUGCUGCUGCCUGGUGCCUUACUUGGGAUGGCAUUCCAAAACAUUUCUAACCUCAUCGUUGUAAAACUGCAAGGAAUAGCCUUGCCUUUAAAAGAACUUAUAUGCUGCAUUGUUAUUCCCAAUUUAUUGUGCCUUGUUCCAAACUGUGAGUAAGGUCUAAUUCAAGAAGCCUUUGCCAAUGUUGACUUGUUAAAAAAGAAUGCCCCGUCCCAAGGAAACAGUUUGAAAUGUACGUAUGGCUUCUGUUCCUUAAUCAAUGAGGACAUUUAUAUAAUAGGAUGAGUUGUUACAGAAAUGCAUACAUUUUGGUGCUAUUAACAGAUACAAUGAAUUCUCCUAGAUAUGUUCAUCCUUCCUUAUGACAGCCAUCAGACAAUUUUUGCAUAAUACUGUGAAAGUGUGGUUUAAAUCUCCUGACUGCUACUUCUGACCUUAAUGGCUGGAAGCUAUUUUUAAAUUGAGUAGAUGUAUGGCUUAAUGAACCUCUGUCACAUGAUAAAUAUGGAGAAUCUGAAUUCUGUUAAUAGUAUAAUUUGUGGAACUUCCCAUUGUUGAGAGAGAAUUAACCUCUUUCCUGUAGUGCCUUUGGGAAGAGAUGAGCCAAGUAUAGUUUUCCAUGUAUUUCCAAAGGCACCACAAAGGGAAAACUGUUUUUAAACUAAAGCAGCAGCAACAGAUGUCCUGUUCCCUUCCUGCAACCUUGCUCUCUCAUGCUGAAAUCUGACAGUUUUUAAAUGUUCUUCCUGAACAGAAGAAAUCUUUAUCUUUGUGCUGAAGUGGAUUUGUCUUACUACUACUCAGCUGUAGUUCUUUUAUACAGAAAACAUCAAAUUUUAAAGCACUAUAACUAUACUCUUUGUUGCCUUGCUGAUUAAUACUGUAAUCUUGAACUUUUUAUCAUCUCUUUUAUUUUGCAGCUUGAUUGUGUGUGUCUGUGUGAAGUGCAUGCAUGUAUGUAUUUCAGACAAUGAUUUUAUGGGCCAUUCGUAAUAAUAAAAAACCUUUUUGACCACCUCUCCCCCACUUUAAAAUUAAAAUCACUCGUCUUAACUAGUUAAAACAAUGUGCUUAACUUCAAAGUUAAAAAUGUGUUGGGAUGGGGUGAGAGGAGAAAUAGGAUAUUUUCUAUUGUGAUAAAUGUUGUCCAUAAAACAAAAUACAACAUUUAUCACAAGAAACCUUUAUUGAUACAUAUUCUUGCAGAGUUCAAGAUUUUAUCAUAAAACUCCAAAACGAUGCUGCCUAGAUUUCCAUGGGUGUACGGCUGAUAGAGCAGUUUAAUUGAAAAAAGUGCCAUAUUUCAUGCUCAGUGAGCAACAUGUAGCCUGAACAUUACUGAAGGCCUAAAGAGUGUAUUUUGAAAAGCCUGUUUCUUAAGGGCUGAAGUGGGUCCUCAGUGGUAUGAACUAACAGCAGCCCUUUUACAUAGUAACUCCCACAAUGUGAUCUGGCAAUUAAUACCAGCUCACUUUAUUUAGGGACCUCCUCAAAUAAAGAAAUGAAAGAGGCAAAGCUCCCUCAGGGAAAUGAUUUACAAUGUGCCAAAGUUAACAUCGGAGCUGUCUUUAGAGAGAUUUCAAAAUACUUCUUGAAUGAAUGAAAUAUCUCUCUAAUUUUUAUAAUGUUCUCAAUUAUAGAUAGCAUAGUAUGUGCUGUGGUGGUGGUGGUGGUGGAUGGAAGGUCAAUCAGAGAUGUCUAUGGAGAUUCUCAGUCAUCCAGGUCAUGGUUAUCCUAAAGGUGUUUUUUUCCCCAAAAAACAACUGGACUUUCUUGAUUUUUUUCUUUGAAAAUGUUUCACUUCUCAUCCGAAAAACCCAAAAAAUCCAGUUGUCUUUUGGAAAAAAAGCACCUUUAGGUCACAGAGAGUAAAAUACCCAGAAUGUAUUAUUACAAGCUUUACACUCCAUUUGUAGACCCAUUCUUGUCUUUGAUUAUCAGGAUGACUGAGUUCAACUGUUCUUCAGAUUUAAACAUUUCAGAAUUCUGAGUUCAGAGGUAAACAAAUUCUUAAAAAUUUGUUUCACUUUUUUAGUUUUAAGUCUCUGAAAUAAAAACAUUUAAAAUAUUUUCUCUCCGUUAUCAUCAAUAAGCUUUUCCUUUUGUUUUCAAAGUGCAUUUUGCAUUUUGUUAGGCUUGGCUCACCAAAUCCCCAAAAAAGUAUUUAAUUACCACUGGGAGAGAUGUUAGUAAUGAAGGCUAAAGCCAAGGUAAUUGUGGGUCUUUCAGAGGCAGGAAAAGCUCUCCUUUUGUCAAGGCAGGCCUGUUUUAUUUGCAUGAUUGUUUUAGUGUGAUGUAGGCUUGAAUGACAAGCAGUGGAUAUCCUGGCCCUGCAGAGCCAGCUGUGGAAUCACCACUGUUGCCAAAUAGAAUCCCCCCAUGCUAGGGAGAUACUGAUGAUGAAAGGCUGUUGGCAGUGAGGGCAGGCUGCACAGUCCCUUCACACCUGGUGACAGCACCUGCCCACCCCCUCUGCUUUGGUUGGUCCACAAACAGCUUUUGUGUCUUUAUGGUUCAAGAUGCUUUUUCAAGUCUUUGUGGUGUUUGAAAAGAAGUCCUCUUCUGCUUGCGCCUGCGUGUGUGCCUGCGUGUACGUGUGUAUCAACAAAGCAAAUGUGCUGAUGCUGUUUACAGAUUCAGACAUGAAAUUUCUAGUCUGCCUACUGUUACCAUAUGCCUUAUGUGUUUCUUGGGUGUUCCAUUAAAAGCAUAACAAAAAUGAAAAAAA